UGUACGGUCCUGUACGACGCCUGCCAGAACGGCCGCGUCGACGCGGCGCGGCUGUUGCUGGAAAAAGGCGCGGAGGUCAACCGGGCGCAGGACAACGGCCGUACGCCGCUUUUCAUCGCCUGCGAGAACGGCCGCGUCGACGCGGUGCGGCUGUUGUUAGAUGAAGGCGCGGAGGUCGAUCGGGCGGAUAAGGACGGCUGGACGCCGCUGUACGCCGCGUGCCGGAACGGCCACGUCGAAGCGGCGCGGCAGCUGCUGGACGACGGCGCGGCGGUCAAUCGGGCGAAUCAGAACGGCACGACGCCGCUGUGCGUCGCCUGCCAGAACGGCCACGUCGAGGCGGCGCGGCUCUUGUUAGAUAAAGGCGCGGAGGUUGAUCGAGCGGGGUCACGAGUGUGGUCAGACGGAUGGCGGGAAGGUCUGACGGCGCUGUACGUCGCCUGCCAGAAGGGCCACGUCGAUGCGGCGCAACUGUUGUUAGAUAAAGGCGCGGACGCUAAUCGGGCGGACAAGGAAGGCCGGACGCCGCUGUACGCCGCUUGUGAAAAAGGCCGCGUCGACGCGGUGCGGCUGCUGCUGGAUAACGGCGCGGAGGUCGACCGGGCGGCAGAGGACGGUCGGACGCCGCUGUUCAUCGCCUGUACUGAGGGCCACGUCGACGCGGCACGGCUGUUGCUGGAGAGAGGCGCGGCGGUCGAUCCGCCGAAGAAGGACGGUCGGACGCCGCUGUACAUCGCCUGCGAGAAGGGCCACGUCGACGCGGCGCGGCUGUUGCUGGAA